AUGGCUGCCCUCCGUCUCCUGCUCCUCUGCCUGGCGGGACUGGUGUUUGUGGCGGAGGCCGGGCCUGCGGGCACUGGCGAGUCCAAGUGUCCCCUGAUGGUCAAGGUCCUGGAUGCUGUCCGAGGCAGCCCUGCGGUCAACGUGGCUGUGAAGGUGUUCAAGAAGGCUGCCGACGGGGCCUGGGAGCCCUUCGCCGAGGGGAAAACCAGUGAAUUUGGAGAGCUCCAUGGGCUCACAACUCCUGAGAAGUUUGUGGAAGGGAUAUACAAAGUGGAAUUAGACACCAAAGCCUACUGGAAGGAGCUGGGCAUCUCCCCGUUCCAUGAAUAUGCAGAGGUGGUGUUCGCGGCCAACGACUCGGGCCCGCGGCGGUACACGAUCGCGGCGCUGCUGAGCCCCUACUCCUACUCCACCACCGCCCUGGUGGGCACCCCCAAGGAGUGAGGCCCCGAGGGAGAGCAGGCGGCCGCGCCCCAUUUCCGUUGCAGCAGCGCCCUCGCUUCAUAAGCGAUGCUAGGAGCCCAGGCAGAGGCA